AUGGAUUGUUUGUUGGCGUAUUACAACGAGAAAUUCACGAAAAUCGACGGGAACAUCUUCGAUGUCUUUUCGAAAUUUUACAACCUAGAUUUAACUCCUGUGGACUCUUGGCUUGAAAAUCAGUUUAAAAAUAAAGUGGCAAAAGAUAAUAGGAUAUCCAUACAUUACAGGAAGGAAGGAAACAAAUGUUAUGCUCAAAAAAAUUUACUCAGAAGCUUGGAGUUUUACACAAAAAGUUUGUGUAAUGCCACACCUGGAAGUAGGGAGUAUGGCCUUGCUUUGGCAAACAGAUCAGCUGUUUCUUUUGAAAUGAAGGAAUAUGAGAACUGCUUAAAAGACAUAGAUCUGUGUUUCAAAACUGACUAUCCAGUGGAUCUCAUACCGAAAAUUUACUUCAGAAAAGCGGAUUGUUUCGUCGAGACUGGCCAAAAAGACGAUUUCGAUAAAUGUGUCGGAGAAAUACAAAAGUUUCUUAGCAUAACAUUAGUCGACGAUAGAGAUAAGCACUUCGAAAAAUUAGAGCAGAUGAAAAAGUCGAAGAUAAAAUGUAAACCCGCUGAGGUGCAUCGUGAUAAUUUGAAUGAUCUUCCCGAAUUUAGCGAAGGAGAAAGUACGAAUUUCGCGUAUGCCUCUUCAAAAAUUAAAAUGGAUUACGAUAAAGAAAAAGGCCGUCACGUAGUUGCAGCGAAAAACAUCACGAAAGGAGAAGUUUUGUUCAUAGAAAAAGCUUUUAUAUUUGCUCCAGUUUUCAAAGAAAGCAAAGAAUUUUAUUCGUUCAAGUGCUAUAGCUGUUUGAAAGAUAUCAUCAGCAGUGUUCCGUGUACCGGUUGUACGCUGUGCGUAUACUGUAACGAGAAAUGUAGGACGACCUCCUGGAACGAAGGUCACAAAUGGGAAUGCGAAGGAAUGCAAGCCAAUAUUUGGUACGAUUUAGGAAUAGCUUUCCCAGCUUUCAAAGCCGUGUUGAAAGGAGUGAAGUCCGGUUUUCAGACUAUAAAAGGCGACUGUAAAGAAGACUUGAAGAAAUUCGGUGAUAAAAAUGAUAAUUAUGCUUAUUUUAAUAGAUUGGUUUCGAAUAUUUAUAAGAGUAAAAACGCUGCGCCGUAUAUUUUGAUGGCAGCCAUCGUAGUAACUUAUUUAAAAAAAUACACAGACUUUUUCAAAUGGUUUCUGAAGCAGAAAAAUUGUCCGAAAAACGAUCCCACUGUACUUGUUCAAUUCAUCGGUGGUCUCAUCACGAAACAUAUCGCUCAACUCUCGUGUAACUCCAGCAUUAUCGAACACUGGACGUACUCGUCGACAGAUCUGCUUUUUCCGGAUAUAUUAAUAACGAUAGCCUGUGGAAUGUUUCCAUCCGUUAGUAUUAUGAAUCAUUCGUGCCGACCAAACGUAACGAACUUUUUUAUCUGUGAUACGAUAAUUGUCAAAGCUCUAGAAGAUAUACAAGAAAACGAAGAGGUAUAUAACUGUUACGGUAUCGAUUACCGUGGAAUGAAUCGAGAACAGCGUCAGAUAGCGUGCAAGAGCUUGUACCAUUUCGAAUGCAAAUGUAUUAUAUGCAGCGAUCCUUCAAAAGAAGUGGAUAUGCUGGAUAGUUAUUUGUGUCCGAAAUGCAAAGGCUUGAUUCCCGAAUUACAAAAUACUCUCCACAGCUUUUGCCUUAAUUGUGGAGAUAAAUAUUCCGUCAAACCCUUUAGGAAGAUCAACAAUGAAGCUCAGAAAUAUUUACAAAGUGACGAUGCCAAUCAACUUUUACUUUUAAUAAAGUGUCUGAAAAUUAGAGAAAAAAUACUUUACAAACAUCAUAAGGAUUUUGAAGAAGUUUAUUACAGACUUUAUAGCUAUUAUGUAGAAUCAGGUGACGCCGAAAAUAUGUUUAAAUAUUUUCAUUUAUGGUUGGAAAAUGAAAAAGCCAGAAGGGGUGACAACUCACGAGGUAUCGGAACCAAGUUAUAUGAAGCUGCUUUGGCUAUUCUUCAUUGUCUUCAAAAUGGAAGCCCCAAAAAUUGUACUAAUUUAAAGGCUUUCCUACAAAAUGUCGAACACAUGAUACGAGAGGCUAAAAUGGUACUGAAUUUGUAUUACCCAGCAUACAUAACAAAUAGGCUAAGCAGAAAGAUUCAAUUUAUAUCAAACAAAUAA